CUUGUCCCGCUCCUGCACCCCAAUCUGCUCCCCAGGUUGCCUGCCGCCGCCACCCUUCUUUCUCCGAUUCUGCUCCGCACCAUCGUUCCUCGUCAUCGCGUCAUUCAACUCAGGUUCAGCUUGGACAAGCUAAUUGAACUGCCAUUAUGGUUCGAAACAUCGUGGUUCUCGGCGGCAACUCGCAUCCCGCCCUGGUCGACAGCGUGUGCAACAUGCUCGGCCUUCCCGCGUGCAACCGCAUCCUAACCAAGUUCUCGUCCGGGGAGAGCCGCUGUGAGAUCCAGGACUCGGUACGCGGCAAGGAUGUCUACAUCAUCCAGACUGGUUUUGGCGGCAAUGGCAGCAAGCUCAACGACCACUUCAUGGAUCUGUGCAUCAUGAUUUCGGCGUGUAAGACAGGCUCGGCACGGAGGGUUACGGCGGUCCUGCCCCUCUUCCCCUACUCGAGGCAACCCGACCUGCCGUACAAGAAGUCUGGCGCGCCUCUGUUCAAGGCCGGUUCCGAGAGCGGCAGAAAGGACUACACAUUUGAUAGCGUUCCAGCCACACCAGCUCCCGGCGUCCCUCGGACCGCUGGGCUCAUCAACGGCACCGACAUCACAAACCGGCUGGCCAAGACAGUAUUGACCAAUGGCGUCAAUGGCGCCAACGGCGUCGGCUCCAUGUCGCCUGUCAAGCAGACCAACGGCGAGAGCUACUUCGGAGGAAAUGGCGUCGCCAGCCCUGUGCAGAGCACCACUAUUGGCAGUUACACGACGCACGACUACCAGAACGUGUCUCACAUCGGAGCAUUCCAAGCAAAGCCAGGGUACAAGCAAUGGGUUGCACAGGCGGGGACAUUGGUGGCCAAUCUCCUGACCUGUGCCGGGGCUGAUCAUGUGAUUACCAUGGAUUUGCACGACCCUCAAGUCCAAGGAUUCUUCGAUGUACCCGUCGACAACCUAUACGGCAGGCCCCUCCUCAAGCGAUACAUCCAGACGCACAUUCCAAAUUACAAGGAUGCCGUGAUCAUUAGUCCUGAUGCCGGUGGUGCAAAACGUGCGACAGCCAUUGCAGACAGCAUGGGUGUCGACUUUGCCCUCAUCCACAAGGAACGACGCCCAACCAAGAUUACAGACAGGCAGAACGCAAGCAUGAUGCUUGUAGGCAACGUGGCCGAUCGCGUAUGCAUUCUCAUCGACGAUCUUGUAGACACGGGAAACACCAUUACCCGGGCCGCCAAGCUCCUUAAGAAAGAGGGCGCCACCACCAUCUACGCACUGCUCACCCACGGCGUGUUCAGCGGAGACGCCAUCAACCGCAUCAAGGCAUCAGCCAUCGACAAGAUUGUUGUGACCAACUCGGUGCCGCAAGACGAGCACAAGGCGCUUCUGGGCUCCAAGCUCGACGUGUUGGAUAUCUCGCCCAUAUUCGCCGAAGCCAUCCGACGCGUCCAUCACGGUGAAUCUAUCAGCGUUCUCUUCAACCAAGAUUAACUGCACGGAGUCUGGGAUUAUCAAAAAGGUGUGCAUUGAACAUAACAUGGCAUUUGGCGUUCUCUUCUUCUGUCCAUCUCUCUCUCCGGUCAUGAUCCCCCUUGGACAGUAUACAAAGCCACAGCGCAUUGGUGGUAGCAGUGCAAACAUCUGUCAUCACAGCAUUCGUCCACAUCAGCGUUCUUUCUUCUGGAGUUCCGGGGCCUUUGUCAUCUUCUGUUUCUGUUUUUUUCGUGUGUGUCGAGAUAUCAAAUUUGGGGUAGAAGACAGACUCGGGGUGGACACCGUUGCCUAGGACUAGACAAGCCAUGCAGACAAUGCAUGCGCAUACCAUCAUCCACAAGUUGAGGGCCUGGGGGCUGGGCAGUAGUCGUGUUUUUAUCAUUGCUGCUGUCUCUCUCGCUACGCGCCAGGACUAAUGCUCUGUCAUUCCCAAAGACUCCACCAUUUGAUCUCUGAACAACGCGCUGUGGUGCAGAGGACUGCUCAUCGAAGGCUA